AUGAGCUCGCUUUACAAUCCUGGACGAGCAGCGGAGUGGGGCUGUGCACCUGUCGGAGAUCGAGAGCCGCUGGGGCCGGGGGGGCCCGGGCCUGAGCCCCCGGGGGGGCCACAGCACGAGCUCCUGCCCCCCGGGGUGCUGCCCGCCCUGCAGCAGGUGGCGGGGCCCAGCGGGGGGUUUCUGAGCUUCCCCCGCCUAGUGGCAGGGCUGAGAAUCGCGCUGCUCCGGGACCAGGAGGAGGAGCAGGGGCCCGGGGCGGAGGCGGCUGAGACUGGACACAACUCGGCGCAGGAGAGGACGAGUGGGGGCCAGACACGUGAGGGGGAGCCAAGGGGCGUGACCCGAUCUCGCAGCAUCAACAGCGCCCUGAGUCAGGCCGGGCAGCCCCGGAGCCUCCGAGUCCCGAAGGAGCCGCGACGCCACACGAUCACCCACGGCAUCGACUACGGGGCGCUACAGCGCAGGCAGGCGCGGGAGCGGGAGCGGGACGCGCUGCUGCAGGGGCUGGAUCUCGCCGAGCGCCUGCGGGGCUGGUACCGGCGCCACCUGCUGGAGGCCCAGCGCAGGCAGGAGCAGGGGGGGGGGCGGAGCCGGAUUAUUUCCCGGAUUCCUGCCCCAAUCAGAGCUGCCUCCUGCUGGCCAAGAUCCAGGAGGUGAAUCUCGGGCUGCGAAACCUACUGGCCAGCCCUGGAAAGGCUGACCCUCCUCCCUGCUUCCCCUCCAGCCGCUUUGGGGCCCCCAUCUUCCAAGCGGGGAAGCAGCAGGAAUUUCAGCAGCAAGCCGUGAGCGUGCUGAAGGAGCAGAACCCGCCUGCUCAUCAAGGAGGUGUCGGAGAAGAGCGACCGCAUCGCCCAGCUGGAGCAGGAGAAGGCGGCUCUCUGCAGGCAGCUCCAGGAGAGCCGGGGCUACCGGCUGCCCAGCCACAAGGAGUCCACCUUCAUCUGAUGGACGAGGUCACUUCCUCCCGCAGAGCUACGUGAUGGCCACUUCCUGUCCCACACCAACUGGACCCAAGUCAUUUCCUUCUGAGAGAAAAGACGUAAUUUUCUCCCUGUGCAAUGACAUCACUUCCUGUCGUUCUGCCAGGGCCAAUUCCUUCUGCCCCACCCCCCCAAUGCACAAUGAAGUCAUUUCCUGCUAGACCUGGAAGGAACUAGCUCACUUCCUCCUCCUGUCCUAUUCUGUCAUUUCUUCCUUCCUGUCAAUGGUCCACGAUGUCACUCUCCUGAUGGUAUGACAUCAUCUUCAGACUCUGCUGACAUCACUUCCUCUUCAGAGCCUUUAGGUGUCACUUCCUCUCCCUCCUCCUCCUCGUUGCCGUUUCUGAUGUUACUGACUUCUUCACUUCCUGUCCCUUCUUCCUCCCACCCCUGGGUGGUUGCUUCCUGGUCAAUUCCAACCCCGCCCCAGCCUCUGAAGUCACAGCCUUUCUCGUGUAUAUACACACACACACACACCAUGAUGUCACACUCCUGGCAUCCUGGCAUCUGGGAGCCUCCAGAUGACAUCACUUCUCAUUUUCCCAGUCUGGGAGACCAGCCUGUCGAGUGAAGGAUUAUGGGUAACAAGAGGUCUAAUAAACUGACUGUCCAAAGAGGUUUUUAAUGGGGAAUGCCUACACUGCUUUACACCAGCAUGACCUUUGGCUAUAGAUCUAUGGGAUCCCCACCCCACCCCGCACACACACACCCACCUGUCAACCCAUACUUUUACUUGUGUGUAUUUUCAGGGUUCCCUGCCUGACCCCUUUGUAGGGUGUGACAUAUUGUCUAUGUGUAAGUGCCCUCUAGUGGCUGGAUUCAGACCUACACAUGUGUCAUUAGCCCUCUAGAGCUAAAAGCUGAUGGGGAUUCUGCUUCCACCACCUUCCUUUACUCACAGUGUCCCUUUGACAACACAUAGCAUGAGCUUUAACCUCUGUGUUAGCCCCCGUCCUCCUCCACUUCAGACAAUGGUUGUGGGGGGAAGACUCCUCCAAGGUACUUAUUCUAACGGCUGUAAAUAAAUUGAUUGCAAUUAAUAUAAUAAACUUGGUCAAAAGGAAAGGACAGAA